GGAUGGAAUGGGAUGGAUGGGAUAUAGUGGGAUGGGAUGGGGUGCGGUUGAAUGGAUCAGUCCAGCACUGCUUCACCAGGGCUCAACAGGGUCAGGCCCAGUGUCCUGGUGACCACAUGUUCCAGCAUUGCCGUGGGUCUGGAAUCCAUUUGCCUCGCCGGCCGUGGUGUUUUCCCAGCAGGGCUGGAGCAAUCCCACGGGGCUGGGGGCAGCCCUGGCCCCUGGCCCAUCUGCUCCCUGUUUAUUUUCUUACACUUAAGUAUCACCUCGAAGAUAAACACUCCCUGGUGUGGGGGGCAGGGGGCAUUUCCCUGGCAGCAGAGGCAGGACCUGGCCCUCAGGGUGCCCAGCACCCCAACCCCACAAUGCUCCCCCAAGCAGGGGAUGCCUGGUUGAGCUUGAGUCAGGGCUGCAACCUCAUGCUCAGGCCAUGUCCCCUCCAUGCUGUAUGUCCCAUGCAGGGUCCCGUGAAUGCCUGACCCACUGCCUGGUGCUGCCCUCUGCCCGGGGAUCAGCUAGUUUGGCUGGAUCAGCCAGGAGAGCUGUGAUGCCAAACCCCACCAUGUCCUGGCACCCGCUCAAGCCCACAGAAGGUUUGUAAUGCCACAGCCUUGGCUGUGCCUCGUGCUGCCCGGCUGAGUCAGAGCCCAGGCCACAGAGCUGGGGGAGCUGGGGGGGCCCAGGCACAGGGGCUCACAUCUGUACCACACACCUGCCAGGCAGCACAGGAAAACUCGGCUGCUGCCACGCGUCCUCCUGCCCCGCAGCCACAGCAUCCACAGGCAGCCGGACAGGCAGGGAGCCGGCAGCGUUCCCUCCUUCCCAUGGCUCCUGCUGUUCUCCCAGUCAGGGAUGACAGCUCCUGUCCGUCCAUCCUGUGUGCAGCACCUGGCGAGGCAGUGGUAACACAUACACGUCUAUGCCAUUGUGGGGAUGUCACUGCAGCAGGAGGUGGUGGCAUUCAGGGUCUACAUGGCACCCACAGGCACACGUGCACAUGCACACAUCCACAUCCACAUCUAUGUGCAACUGCACAAACCCGUGCACACACCCUCAUACUCACACAUAGCCCUGUGCACACACACGGAUGUACACAUCCAUGCAUGCCUGGAUGUACAGAUGUGUGCAGCUGCACGCCCACGCACAGACACUCACAUGUACGCACUCAUGUGUGCCGUCCCCACCCCACACUGAGCCAUCUCCUGUCUGCUGCUCCUUCCCUGUCUGUGCCCCGCCAUGUUCCAGACCCCACAGGCCACCAGCACCCCACACGUGGCCAUGCCCUCCAGAAAAGCCCGUAGGCAGCUCAGCUGGGCAUGGGGACUGGGUGACCCCCCCAGCCUGUCCCCGUCAGCUGGUGGCCAUGUGUGGGAUGUGCAGCUGAGUACACAGCCCCUGCCAUCCGUCUUGCUGCCUGUCAGGGCCAGGGGCUGCCGUGAACCCCCAGCCCAGCAAGACUCAGGGGCGAGAGGAGGGCAGAGUGGGGGUUCCCCUCUCUGUGCAGGCACCUGCCUUCUCCCUGCCUGCUCCCUGCCUGUCAUGCCAAGGGCCUGCCCAUCCCCAGCUUUGCUCCUGGCACUGCCUGCACGUGCCCUUUUGUGGGGGUCUGCACCUGGGCAGGGGCUACAGAAGGUUGGGGUCCCUCAUGGGGACAGAUGCAUGGUGAGAGGUGUCAGUGUGGACACAGUGCAGAACCCUGCGCACCUUUAUUUCUAGGGGAUCCCUGUCCUCUUGCUCAGCCCUGCAUUUCCCCUCCCCCAGUGGCACCCCUGGCCCUUGGUGCAGCCCUACAUGUCCUCAGCCCCAGCAGGACCGCCAGCCCCCAGCCCAUCUCUCUGCCCCCCACCGCGUGAUUUACAGGCUCUGCACAGGCAGACAAAUGGUGAAGGAAAACAGGGCAGGGGGGUCCCUCCGGCUGGGGGCUGCCUGUGCCCCGCAGGGAGCAGAGGGGCCGUUUGCUCACAGCCAGCAGCAUUGGGGCAGUGGAGUGGUGCCGGUGCCAGGCAGCACGGCUGCCCCUGUCGUGGUCCAGCAGCCACAAGCCCUGGCAGCACCAGGAGAGCCUCUGGGGGGACCCAGACCCCAGGAGCCCUAUCAUAAACUCCAGUCCUGCAGCCAUAGGCUUUUGGCCGUGGGGCACUGAGGAACAUGAUGCCACCCCAUUCCAUAGCCCCCAGGGCACCCCACUGACCACCUCACUGGGGUGUUCGUGAUAUGCCGGCUGUAUUCCAUGGCCACUGUCCCGGCCCUGGAAAGCCUCCAAGAUUUCUCCUGGCUGUGGAGCUGCUGGACAGUGGGGACUGCAGCUGGCACUGCCAAAUCCCCCAGCAGCAUCUCCGGCAGCCCUGGCGCCAUCUGCCAGGAGCCAGGUCCUGCCCUCCACAUGUUUUUGCCACUUGACCUGAAUCAUGCCCAGAGCAUCGCGGAGGAGGAGGAAGGGAGGAAGGCAGGCAGGAAGCCUCCUGACUGCUUGGUUUAGCUGGCUGCCCCCUGCCUGCUCCUGGGAGCGUUGGGCUCAGGGCGGGGGGGUUGAAGGCAGAGUGGGACCCACAUAGACCUCCCUGGUGAGGAGGAGCAGGGCCAUGGUCUGUGGUACUGAGCACCAAGGAAUGACAAGGAGCAACCGUCAGGCUGGGGGACACCCCCAGCCCUUCCCAGGACACUGGUGAUUCCCCCUGCUGCUGGCUCAUCUCUCCCUUCUCAGGAAAAGACUCUGUGUUUCCACUGCCGGCACACACCUUCCUCCUGGGCGGGAGGAAAUGCUCCUGGCAGUGCUGCCGGCAGUGCUGCCCGUGUCACUGCAUGUCCCCCUGCCCCCUCCCACUGUGGGCAGGCAGGGUGCCAGGCCCUGGGAACAGAGGAGCAAGGAGUGCAUUCCUAUGGGGCUGCCUGCCCUUGCUGCUCCUUGCCUGCCCCAGGCAUCCUCCUGGGCACAGACCCUGCCCCAGUGGGGCAUGGCAGGGUGUGGGCAGCAGUGUGUCUCCCACUGGCAUCCCUCUAAUAAAAACCCCAGGCACCGCACCAGUGCCACCCACUCCUGGUUGCCUUCCCCAUCCCAGCUCCUGUGCCCUGUGUUCAUCCCAUGCCACCCUGUGUGGGAGCCAGGGCUGGCAAGGGACAGCCAGGCAGGGGCUGGGGACACGUUGCCUGUGGGCUGACUAUCUGUGACAUUGCUCUGCAGGCGCCAGAGGCCAUGGCACAGGGAGCACUUGCCGGACAGUGGCCCUGGCGCUGCCACGGUUCAGAACCACCGCGGGCAUGACCUGGGGUCAAGGUGCCCACAGCCAGGCCAGCGUGCUGGAGUGGGGCCAGGCCAGUGGCCAGAGCCAGCACUGGCUCUCAGGACUGGGGUGAGGACGCUGGCCGCUGGCCGCUGGCCGCUGGCCGGAGCUCGGGGGGCCGGCUGGGGGUGGGCUCCGGAGCCAGCCCCUCCCCGGCCGUAUAAAUCCCGAUUCCCCCUGCAGACAGUCGUCCCAGCCCUGCUCAGCUGCCGCAGCGGAGCAGCAGCGGGAAGGCGUCCGGAGCCGCCGUCGCAGCUGUGCCGGCGGGGGAAGGCUCCCCGCAGCCCGGGGGGUCCCCCCAGCAGGGCCGGGGGUGCGGGCGGGCACCCCGCCAUGGCCUUCACCAUGCUGCGCCCCGUGGCCGCCCGCGUGCUCUACCCCGACCUCAGCAUGCUCUCGGAGGACGAGGAGAACCGGAGCGAGAGCGACACGUCGGACCAGUCGUUCGGCUGCUGCGAGGGCGCCGAGGCUCGCCGCAAGCUGCCGCGGAAGCCGGGGCCGAUGGUGAUGGUGAAGCAGAGGCAGGCAGCGAACGCACGGGAGCGGGACCGGACCCAGAGCGUCAACACGGCCUUCACCGCCCUGCGGACCCUCAUCCCCACCGAGCCGGUGGAUCGGAAGCUGUCCAAGAUCGAGACCCUCCGCCUGGCCUCCAGCUACAUCUCCCACCUGGCCAACGUGCUGCUGCUGGGCGAGGGCUGCGAGGACGGGCAGCCCUGCUUCAGUGCCAUCUAUGGCGCCAAGGGCGACCUGGACAGCAAACAGCCCCGCAGCAUCUGCACCUUCUGCCUCAGCAACCAGCGGAAAGGGGGCAGUCGGAGGGACCUCGGGGGCAACUGCCUGAAAAUGCGAGGGGUCACCCCCCUGCGAGUGUCGCGGAGAUGAGCCGGGGUCCGGCAGCACCCACCUGAGACAGCGGCAGAGGCAGAUGGAGCCCGCACAUGCCAGCCCAGAGACCGCAGCGGGGAGGGAGGGAGCUGCUCACCUGAGGUGGCAGCAGCCGAGCCCAGGCUGGCACCACACCGACACUGGCCCUGGAGCCGGCAGUGGGGCGGGAGGACGCUCCCGUGGCCAAGGCUGCCCACGUGGGGCAGGGCCGGGGAGGGGGGUCCCCGCGCUCCGGGGCUGGACUGGAAGGGGCCUGUGUGCGGCCGGCGUUGAGGUGCUCCAGGGGGACGGUGUCGUGGCCCUGGGGACGCUGGUUGUGCACGUGCAGCCGCUUGGAAAAUAAAACCCUAUUUUUCUGA